GGUUCUCAAUAAUGGUAAUAAUGGCCGUAAUGACCACCAUCUUGACUAUUACGAUAUGGGCCAUAAUAGCUGUUAUGUCCCCUUUUACUUUUUCUGAAAAAACCUGUAUCUGCUCCAUAACGGCUGUUAUAGGGCUGUCACACCUUGUUACAGGACAUGCCGUUUUUAUUUCCAUAACAGCCUUUAUGGCCCCGUAGUGCGUAGCGGUUACAGCACCGUUUUUGAAUACAUUGCAAGGGAGUUGUAUUGAAUAAGUGAUUAAAAGUCGGUUCCAUGACUGAAAGACACAAAGAAGAUGAGGUGUGAAGUAGAGAAGAUUAAUCAAGAGGCCAACUUCAUUAAGUGGUCUAAGCGGAAGAUAAGGGAAAUAUUAGGGACUAACAUUGCAGAGGUUGUGGGAAAUAUUGAAACUAUCCUGAUAUAUUAGCAUGCAUCGACGAUACAUUUGUUUUCUCUGUGUUCCAGGAAUUGUAACACUGACCAGUGGUACUGAAAAUAUUGGCUGAUUUUGUCUGUUUGACACCUUGUGUUUGUGUUGGAUGCCAAAAAGUGCUCAGUGUCCCUGUUGCCUAUCUGUAAAAACAUCCUGUGGCUUAGAGAUUGAAGAGGUUCGCUUGCGGUUAAAUGUUGAUGUUACAGCUGCUCCAGAUUCCCCUCCUGCACCUCCACCUAUUGAAUCAUUUACAGAUAUGUGUUUGCACCCAAGCAUCAUGAAGGAUAUUGCUUUUCAUGAAUACACCAGACCGACUUCUAUUCAGGCGCAAGCCAUGCCAGUUGCUCUUAGUGGGAGGGAUCUUUUGGGUUGCGCGGAGACUGGGAGUGGGAAAACUGCUGCUUUUUCCAUCCCCAUGAUUCAGCAUUGCUUGGCUCAACCACCUAUUCGGCGUGGUGAUGGACCUUUAGCAUUGGUCUUGGCUCCUACAAGAGAACUUGCCCAGCAAAUAGAGAAAGAGGUUAAGGCGUUUAGUCGGUCACUGGAAUCGUUCAGAACUGCUAUUGUUGUGGGAGGAACGAACAUGUCAGAACAGAGAUCCGAACUACGAGCAGGAGUACAUAUUGUGGUUGCUACACCUGGAAGAUUUAUCGAUCAUCUACAACAAGGAAAUACAUCUCUCUCAAGGAUCUCAUUUGUUGUUCUAGACGAGGCGGACAGAAUGCUAGAUAUGGGUUUUGAACCACAAAUAAGAGAGGUGAUGCGAAAUCUCCCUAAAAAGCACCAAACAUUGUUGUUUAGUGCAACCAUGCCAGUGGAGAUUGAAGCGCUUGCACAGGAGUAUCUAAGCAAUCCUGUGCAAGUAAAGGUGGGAAAAGUAAGUAGCCCGACAGCAAACGUAUCUCAGAUUUUGGAGAAGGUUACUGAAAGCGAGAAGAUUGAUCGGCUUCUGGCUUUGCUUGUGGAGGAGUCAUGUCAAUCUGAAAGAUCCGGCCAUCCCCUUCCCCUAACUAUUGUUUUUGUUGAAAGGAAGACUAGGUGUGAUGAAGUGGCUGAAGCUUUAGUGGCACAAGGUCUACAUGCAGUUGCUCUUCAUGGAGGUCGUAGUCAAAGUGAAAGAGAAGCUGCUCUUCGUGAUUUUAGGAAUGGUUCUACCAACAUCUUGGUCGCGACGGAUGUUGCCUCUCGUGGUCUGGAUGUUACAGGAGUUGCUCAUGUUGUUAACCUGGAUCUUCCAAAGACAAUGGAGGAUUAUGUGCAUCGGAUUGGAAGGACUGGGCGUGCAGGAUCAACAGGCCAAGCUACUUCAUUUUAUACCGAUCGGGACAUGUUCCUUGUGGCACAUAUAAGGAAGGCAAUUGCAGAUGCAGAGUCUGGAAAUUCUGUGUCGUAUGCAACUGGAAAAGUCGCCCGGAGGAAGGAAAGAGAAGCAGCUGCUGCCCAGAGAGAAGCAAGGGUUUCGCUUUCUAAGCUCUCGGUGAACGGUCCCACGUCGAUAAACAUUGAGGACAAGUACAAGUACAUGCUCACACCCACAAGUGUCAAGAGAGAGGGUGCUGCUGAUGAUGCUUGGGAUGACUGAGCAACCAAUUUCUUCCACUCUCUCAUAUCGAAGAUAUGUCUGAUUUUACUUUCAGGGUUCCAGCAGUCAUCACAAAGGACUGUUGAAAGUGGAAGGUGUCUUUGGAAGGUGCAUGGCGUUGAGACAUGGGGGCUUUUGAUGACAUGUUGUAAGUGCAUUAAUAUACAGCCCUUUUGUGCCUCUAAUUACAGUUACUCUGUUGAUGUUGCGCCCUUUCUAGCAAAAGAUUGGUUGCUUGAUGAUCCCUUUCAGAAUCUUGAAUCAGCACCUUCGUAGUUUAGAGGUACUGUACGGUGAUUGGGGUCGAACAAGCAAUCUCUGUUCCGUCCAGCACUCCAUUCAGCCAGGGACUACCUUCCAAAGGUCCUAGAUUGUUUACAUGCCUUCCAGCUCCACAUGGAUGGUUGAUGGGCUAAUAAUGUCCCCCAAUCGUCUAUGAAAUUAUCCGGAGAUGUUAACCUGUCAUGGAAACAAUGGUAAGAUUUGUAACUUGAUUACCUAUCCAUAUCAAAAGAACUCCAUUGUUCAUGUGUC